UCUGUCCCCGGCCGGGGAGUCCAGCCGCCCCGCUGGGCCCGGCGCUGCACCGCGGGCAGCCCGACUCGGUGCUGCUACCAAGAGCUGGCUGCAGGGGACAGAAGUGCGUCAGCUGGCCUGGGGACCCCCCGACUGUCAAGCCUUGGCAGGACCCCUCAGGCAUUUAUCUCUGCUGCUUUUCCUGGAGCUGCCCAGGGCGUUGGACACCACAGCCCCUGCUGAACCUCUGGCUGACCCUAGGAGCCGGAGCGUCCUUUGCCAAGAUGAGGUGCGUGGCGGUGGCCACGGACGGUGCCGAGAUCCUUUUUUACUGGACCGACAAGGAGUUUGAGGAGAGUCUGCGGCUGCGGUUUGGGCCGUCAGAGCAUGGAAGAGAGCUGCCGGCCCUGGAGGACCAGCUCAGCACCCUGCUGGCCCCGGUCAUCAUCUCCUCCAUGACCAUGAUGGAGAAGCUCUCUGACACCUACACCUGCUUCUCCACGGAGGGAGGUGCCCACCUGUACGCCCUGCACCUGUUUGGAGAGUGCCUGUUCAUCGCCAUCAGCGGGGAACACACGGACGAGGGGACCCUGCGUCACCAGCUCUGUGUACUCAAGUACCUGUUUGAGGUGCACUUCGGCUUGGUGACCGUGGACAGCCAGCUCAUCCGGAAGGAGUUACGGCCCCCGGACCUGGAGCAGCGCAUGCAGGUGUGGAAGCACUUUCAGAGCCUGCUGUGCACCUACAGCCGCCUCCGGGAGCGGGAGCAGAGCUUCGCCGUGGAGGCCGUGGAGCGGCUGGUGCACCCGCAGCUGUGCGAGCUGUGCGUGGAGGCGCUGGAGCGGCACGUGGUGCAGGCCGUCAACGCCAGGCCCGAGCGGCAGCGGGCGGGCGAGGAGGUGCUGCACGCCUUCCUGCUGGUGCACACCAAGCUGCUGGCCCUCUACUCCAGCCACAGCGCCCUGCGUCCCGCCGACCUGCUCACGCUCCUCCUCCUGGUGCAGGACCUGCAGGCCAGCGAGAACAGCGCCGAGGACGAUGGCGCCGAGCCCACCCCACGACGACCCCCGAGCAGCCAGAACAUCCCCGUGCGGCCAGCGGCGGCCCCCCGGAGGAGUUCCACGGGGACAGAGACCGACAGCCUCUCCCUGCCCGAGGAGUACUUCACGCCCGCCGCGUCCCCCGGGGAGGAGAGCUCAGGUAGCACCGUCUGGCUGGAAGGGGGCACCCCGCCCCUUGAUGACCCCCCUGUUCAGAUAGCGGAGGACAUCCUCCAGACGCUGGUCCCGGAGUCCCUAGCACCUUGCAGCCCCCGGAGGGUUUUCCUGGAUGCCAGCGUGAAGGACAGCUACUGCCCCCUGGUGCCCCACACCAUGUACUGCCUGCCCCUGUGGCCAGGCAUCAACUUGGUGCUCCUGACCAAGGGCCCCAGCACACCACUGGCCCUGGCCCUGUACCAGCUGCUGGAUGGGUUUGUCAUGCUGGAGAAGAAGCUCCGGGAGGGGCAGGAGACGGGGAGCAGCCUGCGCUCCCACCCGCUCCUGGGCGACCUGCGCCAGCGCAUGGACAAGUUCGUCAAGACUCGGGGCCGGCGCGAGAUUCAGAGCGUCUGGCAGGAGUUCAAGGCCAAGGCCUUCUCCAAAAGUGAGCCCGGAUCACCCUCCGAGCUGCUCCAGGCGUGCGGGCAGCUGAAGCGGCAGCUCUGUGCCCUGUACCGCCUCAGCUUCCUGGGCCAGGCCCCCGGCCAGGGGGGCCCCCAGCUGCCUCAGCACCUGCAGGACCAGCUCCAGAUGUUCAUGCAAGAAAAGCUGAUGGACUGGAAGGACUUUCUGCUGGUGAAGAGCAAGAGGAACGUCACCAUGGUGUCCUACCUGGAGGACUUCCCGGGCCUGGUCCACUUCAUCUUCGUGGACCGCACGACCGGCCAGAUGGUGGCCCCCUCCCUCAGCAGCAGUGAGAGGACUUCCUCGGAGCUGGGCAAGGGGCCCCUGGCCGCCUUUGUCAAAGCCAAGGUGUGGUCCCUGAUCCGGCUGGCGCGCCGGCACCUGCAGAAGGGCUACACCACGCUGCUCUUCCGCGACGGCGACCUCUACUGCUCCUACUUCCUGUGGUUCGAGAACGAGAUGGGCUUCAAGCUGCAGAUGAUGGAGGUGCCCAUCCUGUCCGACGACUCGGCCCCCGUGGGCGUGCUGGGGGGAGACUACUACAGGAAGCUCCUGCGCUACUACAGCAAGGCCCACCCGGCGGAGGCGGUCAGGUGCCGGGAGCUGCUGACGCUGCACCUGUCGGUGCUGCCGCAGGAGGUGCUGGUGCAGCAGGCCGGGGAGCUGGCCGGGCGCCUGUGCGAUGCCUCCCGCGUGCCCUUGGUCUGAGCACCCCUGCCCACCGCUCCGCCUCCCUCUCCUCCCGGACCCAGCCGCGACACGCCCCGGCCCUCCCCGCACAGCCCCCAGGGCUCCCGGAAGAGACCGCACCUCAGCCCCAUCAGCCUCUGGGCCACGAGGAACAGC